GCGGACUAUCUGAUUGGCGUGGGCAAGGCAGACAUCACCGGGCCUGUUGUUGAGAUCAACUUCAUGGGCUAUGCCAACGCAAGCCAACUUGGAUCCGGUGUUCGCCAGAGGCUAUACUCGCGUGCAUUCAUCGUCGCGGAUCUUGACAAGCCGGAAGAUCGCUUCGUUUACCUUGUGCUUGACACACAGUCUGGCGACACAGCUAUUCGUAAUGGGACGCUGGAAGCUUUGAGAGCACUUGGUGGCGAGUACGCCGUCUAUGGGAAUCAAAACAUCGCCUUAACAGGCACGCACUCGCACUCCGGGCCAGGAGCCUGGUUGAACUACCUGCUGCCCCAAAUCACGAGCAAAGGCUUCCACAAGCCAUCGUACCAAGCCAUCGUCGACGGAACAGUCGCGUCGAUCGUUCAAGCGCAUAAGAGUCUCGCACCAGGGCGGUUGGCCGUUGGGCACGUCAAUGUGACCGAUGCGAACGUCAAUCGCAGCCCCUACGCUUACCUUGCCAACCCUGCGGAGGAGAGGGCUCGUUAUGACCAUGAUGUCGACAAGACCAUGACUGCCCUUCGCUUCAUCAACGCCAGGAGCAAUGACGACAUUGGUAUGCUCACCUGGUUCCCAGUCCACGGCACAAGCAUGUACGGCAACAACAGCAUUGUUACAGGCGACAAUAAAGGCGUUGCAGCCUGGCUCUUCGAAAAGUCCACCAACGAUCCCAACUUCGUGGCCGGCUUCAGUCAAGCCAAUGUCGGUGACACAAGCCCGAAUAUUCAUGGGGCCUAUUGUGAGUACGGCGCCUACGCGGGCGAGACGUGCAACUUCAAGACAUCGCUAUGCGGCAAUGCAAGCCAGCCGUGUCACGGACGGGGGCCGCAUUGGGGCUUACACGAUGGAGGUGCCGCCAGUACCUACGAAAUUGGUCGACGACAGUAUCAAGCAGCUGCGGAUCUCCUCUCGGACAGCGAUGCCUGGACACCCGUCACCGGCAGCGUGGUGAAAAGCGUACAUCAUUUCGUAGACUUAAGCAGCUAUCACUUCGCCUUACCAAAUGGCGCGGCGGUGCGAACCUGUCCCGCAGCGUUAGGUUACUCCUUCGCAGCCGGCACAUCCGAUGGCCCUGGCGCUUUUGACUUCAAGCAGGCACAACCUAACGACCCUCAUGCCAACCCUCUUUGGGCGUACGUAGGCGGUCUCGUCCACAGCCCGAACGACACGCAGAAAGUCUGUCACGGCGACAAAGUCAUUCUACUUGAUGUGGGCGAAAGUCACAGGCCAUACGAGUGGACCCCCAAUAUAGUCGACAUCCAGCUUCUUCGUGUCGGACCGCUGUUUAUCAUUGUGAGUCCAGGCGAGGCGACGACUAUGGCUGGGCGGCGAUGGAAGGAAGCUAUCCACGAGUCUGCUGCGCUCAUACUUGCAGACGAGGCUAUAGCAGGAAGAAUUGAUGCCGACGUAGCGCAAGAGCCGAUUGUUGUCCUCGGCGGCCCCGCGAAUACCUACACGCAUUACAUCAGCACGCCGGAAGAGUACGCCGUGCAGCGGUACGAAGGGGCUUCAACCCUUUACGGCCCUUGGACGUUGGAUGCCUUCGUCAACCUCAGCUUGACGUACCUCCCCCUGCUUUCCUCCUCUGCUGCCUCACAGCUCCCAAACUCCGAGCUCGGGCCACGGCCACCCAUCCAAGUCAACGACUCCUUGUCAUUCAUCACCCCCGUCGUAGUUGACCGCGCACCUUUCUUCAAGAAGUUUGGCGGCAUUAUAAGGAACGUCAAGCCUACGUACCGCGUGGGCGAGACUGUCUCGGCAACCUUCGUUGGCGCAAACCCGAGGAACAAUCUUCGCCUCGGUGGCACAUUCGCUGAAGUUGAGCAAUAUGACCUGUCCACGAGAAGGUGGCGGCGGUUACGAGAUGACAGUGACUGGAGCCUGCUGUAUGAGUGGAAGCGCACGAGCGAGGUGACCGGCACAAGCGAGGUAACGAUAUCCUGGGAGACGAAAGGCAAGCCUAACUUUCGUGGGUCGUACAGGUUACGGUACUAUGGAGAUGCCAAGGCGUUGGGUGGAAGUAUCAACCCUUUCGAGGGUGUAAGUGGAUCGUUCCGGAUAGUGUAGGUCUGCAUAGCGCGGCGAUGGGAUUGUACAAUAUGGUGUGAUGACGACCUUGCUGAAAUUAAGUCAAGUUUAUGUGGUGCCCAACUAUCGAACUGUUCUGCUGUAACUAUAUGCUCGGUAGCCGUCGCUCUCUCCUGGUGCCUUCAAGCUCGAAGCUCGUGAUCGCACCGUCGCGGACUUCGACCUUGUCCGCAUCAAUGUCGAUGUG